AUGGCCAUCUCGCCCGCGACUAAGAUGCAGCAACAGACGGGGCUGUACAUGGGCAAGUCGACGAUCCCUCGCCGCCGGCACCUCCAGCCCGAGUUUCACAAUGCCAACACGCCCUGCCACCAGUACCAUUUCCAGGCCAUUACGGGCCUGCUAGGCACGGUCUUUGCCGAUGAGCUAGUCGCCGCAUACCCGGAAGCCAAAGUUACCGUGAAUCAGCAGCCCGACAUCGACGCCUGGUACCAGGGCAAUAGGCACGCCAUGGUGCCUAUCAGAUAUGGCUGA